AAAAACCUUUGUUUGGAGAGUCUAUAAAACCUAGAACAUAAAAUGUCGUCCAUCACACACCACACUGGCCUCGAAGCCGAGGACAUGUUCAACGUCAAGGGCCUUGUUGCCGUCGUCACCGGUGGAGGAACAGGCAUUGGGCUUAUGGCUGCGCAGACACUGGCAACGAACGGGGCGAGAGUGUAUAUCAUCGGACGACGGGAAGAGAUUCUGCAUAUUUCCGCUGAGAAGUAUUCUAAUAACGGGCAGAUCAUUCCGUACGACCUUCUCUUGAUCCCCCAAGGAAGAUAAUUAAUAUUUUACUGACAUGAAUAGCCUCCCCGGCGACAUCGCCCACACAGACGGCAUCAAAGCCCUAGCUGCAGAACUGCAAAACAAAGAAGCAAAAGGUAUCAACAUCCUCCAACAACGCCGGCGUCUCCCCCGAG